UUCUUUUCUUUUUUGGUUCUGUCAUCAAAAUUCUUCAUCUCGUUUCUUAUUUAAACGCUUCUUCUUCUUUCCAUUCCCUUUAAACCUUUAACACCCAUUUCCCCUUUUUAACUGAAAAAAGAUGGGCAGCUUUCAAAUUUGGCACAGAAACAGAAACAAACAUAUUUCAAUUCUCUUGCUGUUCCUCUCUGUUUUCAUUCUCAUUCUUGUCACAUCCAUUGAAGGUAGGGGAAUUCAAGCAAUGGAGGGAGAAAGGAAGUCGGCGGAGGUAGCGACGGAGGAGGAGGAGAAGAUGGGGAUGAUGAUGAGGAAUCAAAUAGGGUCAAGACCACCAAGCUGUAGAAGGAAGUGUAGGGAAUGUGGAGGACAUUGUGAAGCAGUACAAGUACCAGUGGCAUUACAUGAUUCAAAUCAGAAUCAAAGAAAAGGAAGAAGAAAAAGAAGAAGUAGUAGUAGAUAUUUCUCUGUUAAUUCAAAACAUGAUGUUGCUUUAUCUAGUGAAGAUGAGACCUCUAAUUAUAAGCCUAUAAGCUGGAAAUGCAAAUGUGGGAACUUCAUCUUCAACCCAUGAAUUUUGUUUUUCUUUCAUUUCUUCUUCUUUUUUGAAUAAAAACGGUAACUUGUAAAGAUCAAAAAGAUGGAAAAUCAUCACUUCUUCUCUUCCCGAGUUUCA